AUGUCAAGCCAGCCCCUCCUUCAAACUGCCCCGGGCAAGCGCAUUGCGCUCCCAACUCGUGUCGAGCCAAAAGUCUUCUUCGCCAACGAGCGCACCUUCCUCUCCUGGCUCAACUUCACCGUCAUCCUGGGCGGUCUCGCAGUCGGUCUGUUGAACUUUGGCGAUCGUAUCGGUCGGAUCUCCGCUGGGCUGUUCACUGUCAUUGCUAUGGGCGCUAUGAUAUAUGCCCUUGUUACAUUCCACUGGCGGGCACAGAGUAUUCGUCGUCGUGGGACAACUGGUAUCGACGACCGUUUCGGCCCGACUAUUCUUGCUAUUGCUUUGCUUGCUGCUGUGGUUGUCAAUUUCAUUCUGCGCAUUCGCGAUGGGCAGAUGAACUGA